AAGGGAGUGAGAAAGAGCAAGAGAGAGAAAAAAACGGAUUUACUGCUGAGAAGUUUGUCUCCUUAAGUCCUCCAGGUCCAGAAGUCAGAUCUAGCACAGAGCAUGGAAAGGAGGCAACAGACACACAGUCCAUGAACCUGGAGAAGCAGUUCAACUUCAUGAGGAUGCAAGCUCAGGCCAUGACAGCCUCUGCCCUGGUGUAUUUCAUCCAGCUUCCUCGGGCAAGAUGUGAGGAAAACUGUGUGAACCCUGAACAUUGCUUGACCACAGAUUGGGUACAUCUCUGGUAUAUAUGGUUGCUGGUGGUAAUUGGCGCGCUGCUGCUCCUGUGGGGCCUGACUUCUGUGUGCUUCCGCUGCUGUCUGAGUCGCCAGCAAAAUGGGGAAGAGGAGGGCCGGCCUCCCUAUGAAGUGACAGUCAUCGCUUUUGAUCAUGACAGCACUCUCCAGAGCACGAUCACAUCCCUGCAGUCAAUAUUUGGCCCUGCAGCUCGAAGAAUCCUGGCUGUAGCUCACUCCCACAGCCCCCUGGGCCAGCUGCCCUCCUCUUUGGACACCCUCCCAGGGUAUGAAGAAUCUCUUCACAUGAGUCGCUUCACAGUUGCGAGGUGUGGGCCAAAAACACCUGAUCUACCCCCAGGGCUGGAAGAAAAGCAACUGACUCCAACUGACAAGUCUCCUCAAGCAGGACCCUCUUCUAACUGAUAGGAAUUCUGGUUUUAUAAAUGGGGCAGGGGGUAUUCCCAGAGUAUCUCCAGACAGACAAAUGGGACAUUUUUUUUCUAGCUUUCAGAAGACUUAGGAUGACAUCUAAACGUUAUUCCGUGGAAAGGAUGGGUUCCAAGCCUUCAUUUCCAGCCCCAUGUACUUUCUAGUAAGAAUGCUCUGAUUGCAAACUUGAGCUCCUUAACCAAUGGCCAAAAUUGGCAAAUAACCUCUUGCACUGGUGACUAAGACUGAACCAGGAGAGCAUCAAAAGUACCUUGAAUUUCUUUAGCUAUGGAGUUCCUUUACCCGUGGGCUAUGGCAGGUGUUUUUCUUCCUGCCAGCUAUAAUGCAAUAGUAGAUUGUAAUACAUGCGAGGAGAAAGACAAGAGCAUAGGCACAACCAUCAACAUUUUAGUGCACCAAAGCCAGGAAUUCUUCCUCUUGAGGGAACAUUCACUUUUCUACUGAAUAGUGAAUAAUAACAGUGAUAACUCUUGGCAUUACAUAAUACCUAAGUGGACAUUCAGGAUCCAGGGGUAGGAUUGUAGAUAUGGACUAAGGAUUGUAGAACAUAGUAUCGAAGUGCCAAAUAUCAAGGUCUUUCAUUCACUCUGGUCUACUCACUAGCAGUAUGAGAAACCGCAUGGAGUGCAGUAACAGUUUCUAUUAAUUUCUCAAGUCCUCUGACUUGCAGACACAUGCACACACGUGCGCAUGCAUGCACAUACACACAUAGUCUUUUCUCACUCUAAAAGAAUAGCAUUGUUAUGCUUUUCCCUUUCUGGCUGACCACUUAAAGCUAGGUUGUCUAUAGUGACACACGCUAGUCUCUAGGAGUGGCCUUCACUGCCACCUAGUGGCCAUGGUAGAAAAUGUAUUCUGUGUGAGCCUAUCUGCACCUCUCUCCGGCUCUUGGAACAAUUAACUGAACUCAGCCUGGAUAUUAUUCUUCCCAUGACACCAUCCUGCUGUCUAGUGCUAAGCUGCCCACCUGACAAAGGAGUUUCCUCAUCUGUAAAAUAGGGGAUAAUGACACCUCCAAGGAUUGUUGUGAGGAUCAAAUAAGCUAAAUAUAAAUGACAAGAUUGGUAACGUAUUAUGCACAUGUAUUUGUUACUCUUAAUAUUGGCAUCUAAUUUUCACUUGGCUACUAUGAUUCUGAGAAUUGUGUUGUCUUUUGGCCACUCAGCUUGUUAGGUUAUCGCUAAGUCACGUCAGAAGUCACUUUGUUUCAUCAAUAAAUAUUUGUCGAUUGAGGUUAACAACCAA